AGCUCAGCGUGACACUGACGGGCAAUCGGCCGCGUCCAGAGCAGCGGGCGGCAUCCGGGGGGAGCAGCGCCGGCUGGGGGGCCCCACUCGGGGCUUCCUGGAACCCCGACUCCACGGCCGCCUGCACCCUGACACGGGCUAGAUAAGAGCCCCAGCUGCAUUAUCAGAACCCUGCAGAGCGCCCGUCCUCACUGCACUAGAAGGAAGACAGUGAGGACCGGGGCUCUCCCGAGUGGGACCUGGGCCGGGUGGCCGGGCUGGAUGAGUGUUCCCAAGCCCCGGCUCCUUUCCUGAGCCCACGGCGCAUGGAAGCCGGUGCUUACUGGCAGCGGUAGAGAAAGCAGCUGAGCGGAGGACGGAGCUGACCAGUCCGAGUGUCCAGACCUGCUCAGUGCCUCAGAGCUGAGGAUCACGAUGGGGAUCGUCAAAGCUGUCAGCAGACCCACAGUUUCUCCACCUGGGCACUGGGGAGACAGAGAUCUGCCACUUCUGAAAAGACGGAGAAGGCCAUUUUCCAGGGGCUGACGGGGCACCCUGAAAAGGUUGCCAUGGCCUCCGGAGUUCCUGGAGGGGAGAAGAGAAGAAUUCACCCUAGAAAAAUCCUGAAGAUCCAGAACUGCAGAAAUGCCUAGAACUUGUUGUCACAAUCUCUCCCCUCCCCUCACUGUGAAGGAGUCAGGCCAGUAAGCUGAGCUGUGGCGAGGAGAUGCUAAGAACUUACAGCAGAAACCCAAUUUGGAGGUGAUCAAGAACAAGGUGCCAGAUUCCCCACUGAUCUGAAGCUCCUGGAACACUGGGCUGUGCCUUGUUCCCAGCCCUCAGAGUCUGGGCAGAACGCUGAGGUGGCGGCCAUGUCAGUGAGGGUGCGAUUCCUGUCCUCCGGGGACACAGGGCCCUUGGGGGCCGUGGGCCGCAGCGCCUCCUUUGCGGGCUUCAGCAGCAUCCAGAGCCGGAGGAUCGCGAAGUCCGUCAACAGGAACUCCUUGAGGUCACGAACACCUGCGAAACCCUCCAAGAUGCACAGCACCCUGCGGAAGGGCUCUGUCUGCUUGGACCCCAAACCUCAGCAGGUGAAGAAGAUCUUUGAAGCACUAAAGAGAGGCCUCAAGGAGUAUCUGUGUGUCCAGCAGGCUGAGCUGGAUUACCUGUCUGGACGGCACAAGGACACCCGGAGGAAUUCCAGGCUGGCCUUCUAUUACGACCUGGACAAGCAAACGCGCUCUGUGGAGAGGCACAUUCGGAAGAUGGAGUUUCACAUCAGCAAGGUGGACGAGCUCUACGAGGGCUACUGCAUCCAGUGCCGCCUGCGCGACGGCGCCUCCAACAUGCAGCGGGCCUUCUCGCUGGGCCCGCAGAGCCGCGCCUCCCGCGAGAGCCUGCAGGAGCUGGGCCGCAGCCUGCACGAGUGCACUGAGGACAUGUGGCUCAUCGAGGGGGCCCUAGAGGUUCACCUGGGCGAGUUCCAUAUCAGGAUGAAAGGCUUGGUGGGCUAUGCACGGCUCUGCCCCGGGGACCAGUAUGAGGUGCUCAUGCGCCUGGGCCGCCAGCGCUGGAAGCUGAAGGGCCGGAUUGAGUCUGACGACAGCCAGACGUGGGAUGAGGAGGAGAAGGCCUUCGUCCCCACCCUGCACGAGCACUUGGAGAUCAAGGUGACGGAGCUGCGGGGCCUGAGCUCGCUGGUCGUGGGCGCGGUGACGUGCGACAUCGCCGACUUCUUCAGGGCCCAGCCGCAGGCCGUCGUGGUGGACAUCACGGAGCUGGGCACCAUCAAGCUGCAGCUGGAGGUGCUGUGGAACCCGUUGGACGCCGAGAGCUUCCUGGGGUCCCCCAGCCCCACGGGCAGGUUUUCCGUGGGCAGCAGGAAGGGCUCCUUGUACAACUGGACACCCCCGAGCACCCCCAGCUUCAGGGAGAGAUACUACCUGUCUGUCCUGCAGCAGCCACCACAGCAAGCCUUGCUGCUGGGUGGGCCAAGGGCCACCUCCCUCCUCCCCUACCUGUCCGACAGCAACCUGCGGGGCCCCGGCCUGCGGAGCCAGAGUCAGGAGCUGCCUGAGAUGGACUCCGUCAGCUCCGAGGACCCCCGAGACACCGAGACCAGCAGGUCAGCCUCCACCUCGGACGUGGGCUUCCUGUCCUUGGCCAUCGGCCCCAACGCCUCCAUCGAAGAGGAGGCCUGUGAAGACCCCCCAUCCCUGGGCCUCCUGCCACUGGUGGAGCGGUCUGGCUGGAGGGACUUGGAAAGAGAGAGCCCCAGCCUGCCCCGGCACUCCCCAUUGCAGAAUGGCACAAUCCUGGGCAGCCGGGAAGGCCACGAUGGAGGGGAAACAGAGGAUGGAGCAGAUAGGCCUGGCAUGGCCGUCGAGCAGCUCCUGCAGGAGGUCCUGGAGUUACUGAGGUCCAUGGGCCCUGCUCAGUCUGGGCUCCGGGAGCUGGAAUAUCAGGUCCUGGGCUUCAGGGACCGACUGCAGCCCCGGGGAGCCUGCCGGGAGCACGCCUCUGCCGAGAGCCUGAUGGAGUGCAUCCUGGAGAGUUUCUCCUUCCUCAACGCCGACUUCGCCCCGGAUGAGCGGUCCCUAUUUGGGGGCUCCUCGGAUCCCCGGGAGGUCAGGACCCCACCCCUGCUGCCGUCGUUGAGAGCAUCAUCCGGGGAGCUCACAGCUGGUGCACCGGAGCUGGACGUGCUGCUCAGGGUCCACCUCCAAGUCUGCAAAGCUCUGCUGCAGAAACUGGCCUCCCCCAAUUUGUCAAGGAUGGUCCAGGAGAGCCUCCUGGAAGAAACAGCACGACAAAAGCAGGUUCUGGAGAUGCUUUCUGUCCUUGACUUUGAGAAGGUCAGCAAGGCGACGUCCAUUGAGGAGAUCCUUCCGCAGGCAUCGUGGAGGAAGGGCUGCCUCAAGCUGUGGAACGGGUGCGCCGCGCCCGGCGGGGUCCUGUCCUGCCCUGCGGCGGCGCUGCUGAGCCAGCUCAAGAAAACCUUCCUGCACAGAGUCAGAGGGAAACACCCAGGACAACUGGAAGCCGUGUGCCGCAGGCUGCUGGAGCAGGUGGCCAGCUGUGGUGGGCUCCUCCCCGGGGCCGGGCUCCCGGAACAGACUGUCACCUGGUUCCAGUUUCACGGCUACCUGCAGAGGCAGAGGGUCUCUGACCUGGAGAAGCACUUCGCCCAGCUCACCAAGGAAGUGACGCUCAUUGAGGAGCUGCAGUGUGCGGGGCAGGUCAAGACAGUCAAGAAGCUGCAGGGGAAGCGGCUGGGCCAGCUCCAGCCCCUGCCCCAGACGUUACGGGUCUGGGCCCUGCUCCAGCUGGACGGGACCCCGCGGGUGUGCAGAGCAGCCAGCUCUCGCCUGGCCAGGGCAGCCAAGAACAAAAGCUUUCGGGAAAAGGCUCUCCUGUUCUACACCAGCGUCCUGAUGGAGAAUGAUGCAAAACUCCAGCAAGCCGCGUGUGUGGCACUAAAACAUCUCAAGGGUGUUGAAAGCAUCGAACAGAUUGCCAGCCUGUGCCAGUCUGACCUGGAGGUGGUGCGAGCGGCAGCCCGGGAGACCACGCUGUCGUUCGGUGAAAAAGGUCGCUUAGCUUUUGAGAAGAUGGACAAAAUUUGCUCAGAACAAAGAGAAGCAGCAGCUCUCUGCCAGGAGCCAGAUGUUGAAAUCACAGUAUUUUAAAAAGCGUCAGCCAAUGAGCUCCAAUCUGGCAUCUUUUUUGCUGCUGCCCAGCCUCGACACAGCGACCAAGCUUUGGGUGGGGUACCCUGCGUGCUCCCUGAGAAGUGUGAGCUGGCCAGAGCUGUUCCCUGAGGCUGACCAGUUACAGAGCCCAAGGUACACGGUGGCUUUUGCACUGAAGCAGAAAAAGGUGAUGCACGUAGAAAGCUGCACAGCUCCAACCAAGCAAUUGUGCCUUUGGCUUUGAGCAUGGGUUUUGACCUUCCCCGGGGAUGCAGAGCUGGGUCAGCUCCAGCCCGCCACAUCAGCAGAGGACCAAAGGCAGGCAAGUUGCUGCCUCCUUCACAGUGGCUGAUCAGCACUUCUGGUUCAAUACACACCGGAGAGAGAGCCUUUGGGGUUGGGGAGGCAGCGGGCAGACCAGACCGACCGUGAGAAGGAAAGGGCUGUGUGUGUCGAGUCAUUUCAACAGCAGCAAACUGUCACCUCUAAGAGCUGGGGAAGGUGGGAAGCACAAAGCCAGGGUCUCUCCGAUCCAUGCCCCUAAGCCGAGCUGCAGGCCACUGACUGCGGCCCUCAUUUCCACUGUGUUCAGCAGCACCCAGGAAGACGAACAUGCCGUCAGACCAAGGGGCCCUGAGUGUCCCAGUCAGUAAAACCGUUAGCUUCAGCCAGACUAAUCAGCAUGGAAUCCCACUUUUGAAACAAGUCAAUUCAGGGCCUAUUAUAAAUUGCUUCAGAAACCAUAAGCUUGUUUAAAGAAAGAUUUCACUGAAAAGCGUGUCACUUUAAAGAAGGAAAAUGUUUCCUACUUAAGUCAAUUAAAAAAACCCCACUCUGUGCGGAAAGGUUUCUGUGUUAAUAAUGUACAGAGGACCUAAGGUUUGAAUAUUGCUAUCAACGAUGGCAUUUGGACAGCUUUGUAAAUGAAGUGUUCUCAUUUAAACUUUCAUAUUCUGUUUUUUCCAUUUAAUUUAGUAUUUAUUUGCCUUGUUUAUAUGUUCAAGUUUCUGAAAUUUCAAUUAAAAAACUUUUAAUUGGUGUUUCAUUUUAUCUGAAAAAA